UAAUUGUCAGCUACAUUCACACUCACAAACAAAGCUGCUUAUGGAAUUUAUACAAAGGUGGGGGCUAUAGAAGGGUCAUACGUAUAUGUAUAAUAUUCGCUCUUUCUUCUUGAAUCGCUAAUAGCUUGUGCGUCGCAACUUAAUCCUGUUUAAUUUUAUAUACAUUCAAAAAAAAUUAUGGCAGGAACUUACUUAUGGGUCCGAGCCUUUAGGGAGCAGAAAGAAAUGAAAUGGUACGAAAACAUUUGGGUUCGUGGGCUUGACGCUCCCCUCUGGGAGAAGUAUAAAAAAGAAUUUACUCUUCCCGAAGAAACAGAGGAGGACCCUCAAGCAGCGGACAAAUACGUUAUGGUGAAUUCAUGCGAAAAUCCUGCAUUAAUAGGGGACGUGUUGAACUUUUUAUCAGAAAAUGGGUACCACGUCGUUUCAUCAUUGGGGGUAUACGAAGAUUCCGUUUGGACAUUGUAUAAGAAGAAAUGAUUAUUACUUAUCACAUUGAACAUAAAACUUUAACGAAUACUUAAUCAAACUGUUGAAAUGUUAAAGUUAUUUUUCAUAUAAUAAAUAAAAAAAAUAAUAAUA